AUGGCAGUCAAACAACCCUUCGACUUCACUGGGGAGGUGGCUAUUGUCACAGGUGCUGGAUCGCGCAUGGCCGGCGAAAUUGGCAAUGGGAGAGCUACUGCCAUUCUUCUUGCUAGACAAGGCGCCAAGGUGGCCCUACUCGAUUAUAACGUUGACUGUGCGCAAGAAACAAAACGCAUGAUCGACCUUGAGAGCGGCAUCUCGGAGGUUGUCCAUGCUGAUGUCACCGAUGAAGAGAGCUGCAAGACUGCAGUUGCUAAAACCAUUGAGCUCUUUGGAACAGUGCAUAGUCUUAUCAAUAUCGUCGGUGUUGGGGGCGCAAUUGGAGACGCUACCAAUGUUGAUUUGGCCGCGUGGGAACGCGACUUCAAGGUUAAUGUCACAAGUAUGGUCAUGAUGAGUCGAUUUGUCAUCCCCGAAAUGAGAAAGAAUGGACGAGGCUCAAUCGUCAACAUGUCCUCGAUCAGUGGAGUUCUCGGUGGACACCCAACUUUACCAUACCCCACUACCAAAGGGGCAAUCAUCCAGAUGACUCGAGCUAUGGCUUCUCAGCACGGUCGUGAAAAUAUUCGGGUGAACUGUAUUACCCCAGGAAUGGUUUAUACUCCAAUGAUUCGGGGAACAGGAAUGACAGAAAAGCUGCGAGAAGCUCGGGCAAAUCAGAAUCUUUUAAAGCAAGAGGGUGACGCCUGGGAUGUUGGCUAUGCAAUUAUGUUCCUUUGUAGCAAGGAGGCAAAGUGGAUCACUGGUGUGAUUAUGCCUGUCGAUGGUGGUGUAGGUCUUCUUUACCUCCAUUUCAAGUGGACGACAUGA